AUGAUAGAGGCUCAGCCGCCGCGCCGACGCCGCCGCAGUCAAGCCGAAUCUGGAGCACGCGCCGUUCACCCGCGUCUCCGUCACCACCGACAACCUGACGUCAUCUUGCGCCUGCAGCGGGCGAGCGCGCAGGGAAGCUGGAUAGAGGAGGUUGCCAUGGCAACUCGAGAACGCUCCAGUGAUGGAGACGUGACCUCAUACACACAAGGACAGAAUCCGGAGCCAAAAAUAAGAGAAUAUUUCUACUACAUCGACCAUCAGGGGCAGCUCUUUCUGGAUGAUACGAAGGUGAAGAACUUUGUCACCUGCUUCAAAGACCAGCACUUCCUAGUUUUCUUCUUCAGCCGCCUGAAAUGCAACCAGAGUGGCCGCUACCAGCAGGACUUUCCAUUCCUCUCCCUCUGCGGGCGUGAACGCAACUUCCUGCGCUGUGAAGAUCAGCCUGUGGUCUUCACGCACCUGUUAUCAGAGGCGGGGCUGGAGGAGCGACUGUCCUACUGCGGGGGCGGGACUAAAUUGACCGUUCCGUUCCGUGCGGAAUCUCUCUUCAUGCAUCCGGUCAGCGGAAGAGUUUACCACCCUGGUCCCGAACGGGGAGGGGGGGUCGGGUUGGUGUGUUCUGCUUUAGCCAUUGAGCUGAGUUCCCACUUUGAGUACGCUCCGGGUCAGGAGAGUACAGGACAGCCCACUCAUUUUCUGUGGGGAGGACAUCGACACACUUUAACGAAAGAGUUGGAGAAACUGUCCCAAAAGAUGCACGUGUGUGGUGAAUUCUAAAGAGAAUUUCAAUGUAUACAUGUAAUCAGUACUGUCAAUAAACUACAAUAGAUUGUAAAUGUACUGCUUAAAUGAAUGUCUAUUCUAUAUAUCAAGCUGAAAUAAAUGUAUAGGCUAUAGUGUGGUGAGUGAACGGACUGAUUUCUUCAUGUUUGGCAAAUCUGUCAGGUAGCCAAGCUAUGACAAAAAAGAUUUCAUUUAAUAUACAUUUUGACAGUGGUUGACUCCAGGUUAUAAAACGUUUUAUAAUUAAAGACAACAACA